CCAGUUGGACACCUGAUGAGGUCCAUGGACUCGUUGGUCACCAACCAGGAACUUCAGGAGCUGAUGUGAUACAUUCUGCUACUAUGCUGCUGGAGUUGACUCAACCGGAUUCCCCUGUAAAAGAGGAACCUUAUGAAAAAUCAGGAUACAGCUGGACGUCUCAGGAGGUCCAUGCAUUGUUAACACUCUGGGCAGAUGAGAGUGUUCAAGAGCAGCUUCUCGCCUAUAAAAACGAGCAUGUCUAUGCCACAUUUAGUUCAGAGCUCGCCGUCCUUGGAUUUAAGAAGACUUCAAGGCAGUGCAGAGACAAACUAAAGAAGCUGAGGCAGGAAUAUAGACAAAUCAAGUUUGACCAUAACAAGAGAGGUUCCAAUCAUUGUGGAGAAAGAUGGUUUGCCAUCAUGGAUAGAGUCCUCUGUCACCAACCAAGUACUUUGGAGUCUGGAGUGAUAAAUUCAGAUGCAAAGAUUUUGGAGUCGCCUGAUUCCCAACAAGAAAUUGAAGACUCUGACCAAUCUUCAUCCAGUUGGACACCUGAUGAGGUCCAUAAUCUCUUUGGUCACCAAACAGGAACUUCAGGGGCUAAGGUGAUAAAUUCUGCUACUAUGUUACUGGAGUCGACCCAAUCCUGUUCCCCAGAAGAAAUGGAAGAUUAUUGUAAGUUGUCUAGUACAUCAUCAUCUGAGGGUCCAGUCAGCAACAGCCAGAAGAUGAGAAAUACUAGUAGCUACACGUUUUUCAUAAACAGUACCUUAAGCUUGCUAGCUAAUAUUGUUUUCCAGUUUCUGACUGCUUUCAACUGAUGCGGUUCUUUCACAGAGGAAUCUGGAUACCGCUG